GAGUAUCUUACGUUCAGUAAGUAGGGGCAGGUCCCGCCUUCCUCAACUCUGACUGGAUAGAAAGUCUCUCCUACUUACUGAUGAUUAAGAUACUCGCUCACGGGGUGGGACAAGUAUGUCUGAGAGAGGGAGGGUGUCUCAUGAGACCAUCAGUGUUGCCAACGGUCUCUGACAGAAAGUAGCUGAAGUUCCUCAGGGUGUCACACCAAAAUAAAAGCAGGGGGGUAAAGCUCUCAGCCUGAAAUGUUGUCCCAGUCCAGGCCUGUGCAUGACUGUCUGACUGCUUGUUUUAAGUUUAAAAAUUAGUCAAUGCUAGCUUUUUCUAAAAUAUUGAAAUGGCAGAUGUUAAAAAAUAAAACAAAGUACUACUGUAUCCCGCUAGUAUGUGUGAAAAUACCCACUGUUGCUGCACCUAAGUUUUUGGGGUUUUUUUGGAAUUGUGGGAUCAAGUAAAAUAUUUUUGAAUUUAUUUUAUAUUAUAUUGGGUAGUGUUAGAACGUCAGUGCUUAAUAAUUGUUUUCAUAAUCAUACGUCCCCAAUUAUUCAGCGGGCCACAUAUAGCAACCUGGUUCUUUUAAACACCUGGGGUCCAAAUUAAUUUUGAAUAUUAUAUGUCUGGGCUAUAAUUUGGAGAAAUACGGCAUGUUCUGUGAAGCAUAUUACAUCUAUGAAUAUGAUCUAUGAAGCUAAUUCCAUGAAGCAUGAAUAUUAAUCUAUGCAAUUGCAAAUGCCUUUAUUUUAGUGAGGUAAGUACACAAUCUGUUAUUUCUGCAUAACAGACCCUUGUUAAGUAUAACAGACAGACAGACUUCUCAGAUAAGAGGAGCAAAAAAAAAACUGAAGAAGAAUAUUCACCUUAUGUUUAAUUUCUACCUUCAUUGAAGAGACUCAGGUUGAUAAAUAACUUGUAACCAGGUACAUGUCUGAAAAUUUCUUUUGUGUAAUGUAUUUUCUUAUUUUUGUUGCAUGAAAAAUCUGUGUAUGUGGACACUCACUAUUUGCCCUCUUUUUCAGGUCCUCACGUGCAUCCUUUACAAGCAGAGGCUCGCUGAUAGACGACUCUGUUACCAGUUCUAGGGCUGACGCACCCACCCACGUCCCCACCCCCGGUGUAUCCUUUACAGCUUAUGCGUGCCAAAGGAGGAGCUGCUGGUUCCAAGAUGAGACCUUUGCUGGACACUUUGAAUGACACACAGAGCAUUGAGAAGAAAAGGGAUGUUGUUAUCUGCUGCCUCAUUAGCUACCUCGGGGAAAGACAAGAAGAUCUUUUUCAUGACUGCCAGGAAUGUGAGGAUUACACAGACAAUAUGAUGAAGGUGAUCGUGAUCCACAACAUCAUGGCUGAGGAGGAUCCAUCAGAUGUGUUCAUUGUGAUUGAGGGAAACCAAGUGAUGGAGGGAUGUGGAAGCCGAACAAAGGCAUGUGUACUGCUGAUGGGACUGAUAUAUGCCCUCAACCUCGAAUAUCCGAAGGAGCUGAAGAACACAUUUGACACUUUUCAAAAACUGUUUUUGGAACUUGAUGGGACGAAACUACUGAACAAGGUCCACGGCCUCAAAAAUAAGCUUAUGCAAUGCACACACAUUUCCCCUCUUGUUCCCAGAGGAUCUUUUGUCCAUACAUAGCUUGAUGAAGCUGUAAUUUUUCUUCUGACAGCAAGCACAGAAACUAUUGAAUG